UAAGGUGGGUCCGCACGGGCGGUGGGGUGGAGAAAGUAGGCCAGGCGCGCAGUCGUUCUGCACGCCGGCUGUGACCUGGGUUCCCGGGGUCGGGGAGCCCCGAUCUGGCCUCGGAUGCGGCCCGGAUCUUUGUGUGGUCCGGCGCUCGGGCCCGGGAAGGGUGGUGGGCGGGGCCGGGGGGACCCCCUGCUUCAAUCAGGCGGAGUCGGGCUGCACUGGAGCUCCGCGGAGGCGGCCACCCGGACCUGUGCAGACAGGCCUCGAGUCGGGCUGCGAUGAAGAGCCCGCCGAUCCCCGCAACCCCGCCGGGGGGCGUGGAGGGCGCCCUGUCGCCCGCGGCGGCCGCGGCUCUGCUGGAGGAAGCGGCGGACCUCCUGGUGGUGUACCUGGACUUCCCGGCGGCGCUGCGCACCUGCGAGCGUGCGGCGCGGAGCCUGAGCGCCGGCGGCCUGGCGGGCGAGCGGGCGGGCGCCUUCUUAGAGGUGAAAUGCUCCCUCUGCGUGGUGGGGAUCCAGGCCCUGGCAGAAAUGGACCGGUGGCGAGAAGCGCUGGCCUGGGUUCUUCAGUAUUACCAGGCCCCUGAAAAGCUGCCGCCCAAAGUGCUGGAGCUGUGCCUUCUUUUAUACAGCAAGAUGAAAGACCCCGGAGCCGUGCUGGGAGCAGCCCGCGCCUGGCUCCGAGACCCAGACAACCAGGGCCUCCCAGAGUGGCCAGCCCUGGCGGAGCUGCACCUGCAGCGUGUGCUGCUGCCUCUGGGCCACGUGUCCGAGGCUGAGGAGCUGGUGGGCUCGGCGGCCUUCAGCGAGCAGCAGCGGCUGGACGCCCUGCAGGCCAUUUGCACAGCAAGGCACCAGCAGAGGCACCGACCCACUGGUUCUGAGGAGCACCAGCAGUUGAACCAGGAAGGCACCUCCCGCAAGCUCCUGUCACUGCUGGCGCUGCUCCGCCGCCUGUGGGCCUCUGUGCUGAGCCACUUUGCAUCCCUGCCCUUCAAGAAGAGCCUCCUGGCCACCCUGGUCCUCUGCCUCCUGCUGGUGAGGUUCGACCCGGCCAACCCGUCCUCCCUGCCCUCGCUCUACAGACUGGCUCAGCUGUUCCACCGCCUCCGGGAGGCUCUGCUUUCUCCUCUCCACCAGCCCCCCAUCUUCGACUGAGUGGUCUUCUCUGUGGCCUCCGCCCUCCACCGCCUGCAUCAGAGCCGCCCGUCCAUGGCCCCUUUCCUGCUGCUGGCGGGGCCCUGGGUGGGGAGGCAGCUCAUUCUCGCUGUGUGGAGGCUGUCCCUCAGCACCCCACUUUGGUCGGCAUCAGCAGGUCAUGCAGAGACAAGGCUGGGCCAGAGGGCACAAGUCCUGCGGCUCGGUACCCCCCAUUCCCAGGGGCCCCCCGUGGUUUGGGAACGCAGUGCGCCCAUGGGACAUUGCACCCCCAGGUCGGGGUGUUGAUGAAGCUGAAGGUCAGAAAAGGCCCUUGGAAAACUGCCCCGGGGAGGCCUGUCCCUGGGCCAAGCAGGACCGAGAGGGCAUCUCUCCCUCCCCUGCUCCUCCCUGUGCCCUGGUCUGGUGGCCUCUGAGCACUCUUCCUGUGGUCCUGCCUUGGGCUGGCACCUGCUGUGGCCCCGGUCUGUUCAGACCAGGGCCCGGCUCUCAGAGCCACCCUCGGGACUGCUGAGCUUCAGUGCAUCUGCUCUGCUCCUCCCAGCAGGGAACAUGGCCCUGCCGGGCGCUCCCGGGCUCCAGCGUGCUUUUCCAGGUUGUGUGGCCGAGCCCUGCUCUGUUCCCCCGGUGUCGCUGCCCUCUCCACCCCCACCCCACACCGCAGGGGAGCCCUGCCCUUUGUCCAGUGGCCCUUUCUCGGUUCUGCCUGCACCUGGCGGGCACCGUGGCUGGUUCCCCCUCUCCGCGUCCCGCUCUAAUUAGAAUCUAUUGCUUGUGUAACACACACAUUUUCCUGCUUGUGUGGCCUGGAAAAGUGGGCCAGCCUUAGAGGCUGACAAGUCAAAAACGGAACUGGGUGAUCGGGAGCUGGAGGGACGAGCAGAGGGCAGACAGGCUUUGGAAGACAGUGCUGUCACCGGCCAAGGGCAUCCUCCACGUUUCUGUGCAGGUUUCUGCACAGGUAAAGGUAACACACCUGUUGCCCUAGGACAGGGGCCAGCCUUCUGGGCUGAAGGCCACCCCAUCCUUCCGCCCCUGGACCUCUGUCUGCUGAAGCUGAGAACAAAGUAGGUGCCUUUAGCCUUCCAUGGGUUGGUUUUCAAAAGUCAUCAACGUCUCCUAGGUCAGGGGGUGGAGUAAGUCAGCCCCUUGAGGUUAAGCCCCCAAACUGUGCUCUAACUGGGAAACCAGUCCCCAGUGCUCCUAAAUAUCACAGCCCAGGGGGAGCGGGAGCAGGAGGGGGGCAGAGCAGCAUUCCAGUCUCCUUCAGAAGGACUUGUUACAAAGUGGAAAUCCGGUCCUGCUCACGGCCAGGACCCAGUGCUGUGAGGCUUCCUGGGCACUGGGGUUGGCUCACACGCUGCCUCCCGCCACGCAGGCCUCUGUCCGUACACAUGUGCCCCCAGUACACCUCUGCUGUCCCCUUGGGAGUGUCCAGCCCCCUUCCUGCCUGGUGAGCCCCGCAGCCUUCUGGACCACAUGAGGUUACCCCUGGGAAUCCCUUCUCUAUGUCGCCUGCUUCCAGCCCGUUUCAUACCCUUUCUGCCGUGGUGACCUCAUGGCCUCGUGGUUGUAAAGUUUCUGUCCCUCCAGGAUCUGUGAGCUUUGUCACUGGGAGGCAUGGUCUGCUGCUGUGUUUGAGCUCAGCUUUGGGCCUUGCGCCACCGCCAGCCACUUGUGUGGCUGCUGGAACGAGGUUGGACCUCUCUCGGCCUCCGUGUCCACCCAGGGGACGAGGCGUCAAACCUGCUGUCCUGACCUGAGCAGGAGCCCUUGGGAGGGGCUGUGUCCCUGUUGCCCGGCUGCGUGCCAGGGAGGGAGGUGUCCAGAGGUGUUUAUGGAAAUGAGUCCAUGCGGCUGAUAAGACAAAGGAUGUGGGGCUUGUGUCGUGAGAUCCCCGAGUGUAAAGCAUCGCUGCUGUGCCCACAGAACCUCCCGGUUCUCCGGUUCUCUGGUGUCUGUCCUGCACGCCGCCCACCUGCCUUCUCGGCCAGACAAGGGGUCCAGACCAGGACCUCCCUGGGAUUCUGACUUUUCUCAGGAGGCAGCCUUGCUCUCCUGUCCACCCUUAGCUCUGGGUGUACGAGGUCAGGGCACCGGGCACCUGUGCUGCCAGGUGGUGGCUGGAACCACAGGUGGCUCUUUGAGCCCCUGAAAUGUGGCUGGACCUGAGUGAGAUGCUCUUCACACAUAUGGUACACAUGGGCUUUCAUGGACUUAGAAC